CAGCGGAAGACAGGAACGAAAAGGGGAGAAAGUGGACUCAACCGGCAUAAGAUGGCACCUCGCGUGGGCUCAAGUGGCCUAUGUAGCUGGUUCAGUAACCUGACCCUGAGCCGGGUUGGCUCGCAGCAAUCGAGGACGGUCACAACAAAGCGCCAUGGACGGAGACAGCGAGAUCCCUUUGCAAUUGCACAGGCACGUCAGCGGAAAGCCGCAAACAUAUCUCGACAGCGCGAAUUGAGUCAGCAGCGAACGGAAGCGUUUGGCGAUCCGGUUGCCAGCGAGAAGACACCGAUGAUAGAAGCCAUGCUCAACCCGUCGCUCUAUCCGACUCUGGGAUCGAAGGGUGUGCAUGUUCCCCCAGACAACGAGCAAUCGAGCUAUGUGAACUACUGCAUCUCCAAGUCCGAGCUUGCAUUCGCCCUUGAAACGUCCAAGCAGCUCACACGACCUGUACCGCCUAUUGACGGUAGCGUCGUUGAUCCCCAGCAGGUCGAAGACGCUAUCAAGAAGCACGAAGAAGACCACAAGAAUGCCGAGGAAGCUGUCCGUCGAAUCCUGGCGAUGAAGAACGGCAGCACCAGGAACCGAACAAAGCUGAAUAUCAAGCGGUCAAUCGACAUACUCGGCCGCCACAACACCGACCGAGUACUCCCUCCCAAACCGGCCGCUGCAGGUCAAGACCCUGCCAGCCUCGAGCCAUCUGCCAAACGGCCGCGCGCUGGCCCAGAUACGGGUUCGCCCGAGGUACAAGUGGCUAUCCUAACGUCCAAGAUCCUGGUGUUGGCCGAGCAGCUGAAGACUACUUCACACAAGGACAAGCACAACAAGCGCCGACUACGGCUGUUCGUCCACAGAAGACAAAAGCUGCUCAGCUAUCUACGGAGGAAGGAGAGGGGUGGUCCCAGAUGGCAGAACCUGAUGCAGACGCUUGGGUUGAGUGACGCAGCGUGGAAGGGCGAGAUCACAUUGAGAUGAAGACGACGGACGGCCGUCAUUGGACGAAGCCGCUGACGAUGUGACUAUUAAGCAUUCACCUGUUAGGCCGCUUCACUUUUGUAUUUCUAGGCGUAUUCAUAGAUGUAUCUUCGCAGUGCUGUUUAAUGUUAGCCUUACCUCUGCCCAACCGUCUCGACAACUAUAUCUUUCCACUGCCAUCCAGUCCGACUGUCCUCCUCUGCCCUUCCGACUCUCCUCUGCUCUCCUCUGCUCUCCCGUCCUGUCCUGCCCAUCCUUGUCCUGCCCGCUCGUCCCAUCUCUAUUGCC